AAUUUAUAUGACCUAGGUGGCUACUACAACAAGGACGAGGGUCUACUGGAGUACGAGCUGUCGGCCAUACCUAAGUCGGGCGCCCAUACGUCCAAAUACUUCUCGAUGGCCUACUCGGAGGACUCGCUAAUGGGGGACGACUUGGUCACCGACUGUUACGUCACCUCCGAUGGCAAAGUGAAAGUGGGCUCCAGUUAUAACCUUGGUCAGUCCAAUGAGAUCAAUGACGAGUUCAAAAACUCCUUACACUCCAUACAAAACUACUACUCCAACGGUGUGGUGGUGUGCCGGUGGAGGUCCCAUAGGAACAGGAGUUUAGAGGGACGACACUUUGACCUUAAGCGCAAUUAUCAUAUAUUACUGGCGAUGGGAGACCUGGCUGAUGAUAAGGGCACCAAACAGUACCACGAGUGGAAACUGGCCAGUCAUACGCCGGUUAAUAUGGCGCAGGUGGGCGCGAUUAGUGUGUCCGACCCACUGUACCUGGUUAGGAUUCAUGGUUCAUUUAUGGUGAUCGCGUGGGUGGGCACAGUCAGCCUGGCCAUAGUGUUUGCCCGGUAUUACAAACAGACCUGGGUACCUAGCACUUUAUGCGGUGUUAAAAUAUGGUUUGCCUUUCACCGUGGUCUAAUGGUCACCAGUGUCACUCUCAUGAUAAUCGCUCAGAUCUGCAUUUUCUACUACAUCGGCGAGUAUAGGAUAGGUUGGCACCAGAUUUUCGGAACCCUGGCCUUCACGCUGGCGCUACUCAACCCUAUCGGCGCUCUCUUGAGACCACAUCCCGACGCCCCUAACCGAUGGCUAUUCAAUUGGGGCCAUUGGUUUCUGGGCAACCUGGCUCAUAUUGCCGCCAUUGUAGCCAUUUUCCUAUCCACUAAGCUGCCACUGGCCGACUUACCAAGACAAUUUUUGUGGACAGUCAUCACGUUUGUCGUGUUCAAUGUGGUCGUACACCUCAUACUCCAGUUCCAGACGUUUUGCGCCCAAAACAGAAAAACGCACGACAUUGCGAUGCAAGACAUGUCCGGAUCACAUGACGACCACAACAUGGGGGCCGACACUCCGGGCACUGGUUUCCGACGAUCGGGUUCGCCAAAGACCCGGAUCACUAGUGUCUGGAGCCCUCCCGACUCAUUCACCAGCGAUAUCGUAAUCCGGGCCACAAUUGUCGGCACCAAAGAUACCUUUUGGACGGAUCAGGACACACGAGUCGUCCGCUUCUCUAAUGGACGGGUGGCUACCGAUUGA